AUGAGGAUGUGUGCCCCUGUUGGGGGGCUGCUCACCGCCCUCGCCGUGGUGUUUGGGACGGCUGUGGCCUUUGCUCCCGUACCUAGGAUCACCUGGGAGCACAGAGAGGUACAGCUGGUGCAGUUUCAUGAGCCGGGCAUCUUCAACUACUCGGCCCUGCUGCUGAGUGAGGACGAGGAUACCUUGUUCGUGGGUGCCCGGGAAGCCGUGUUUGCCUUAAACGCACACAACAUCUCCAAGAAGCAGCAUGAGGCUUAUUGGAAGGUCUCAGAAGAUAAAAAAGCAAGAUGUGCAGAAAAGGGGAAAUCAAAACAGACAGAAUGCCUCAACUACAUCCGUGUGCUGCAGCCACUCGGCACCAGCGCCCUUUACGUGUGCGGGACCAACGCGUUCCAGCCAGCCUGUGACCACCUGAACUUAACAUCCUUCAAAUUUCUGGGGAAAAAUGAAGAUGGCAAAGGAAGGUGUCCCUUUGACCCAGCACAGAGCUACACAUCUGUCAUGGUCGAUGGAGAGCUUUAUUCCGGGACGUCGUAUAACUUUUUGGGAAGUGAACCUAUCAUCUCCCGAAAUUCCACCCACAGUCCUCUGAGGACAGAGUAUGCGAUUCCUUGGCUUAACGAGCCCAGCUUCGUGUUUGCUGACGUGGUACGAGAGACCCCGGAGGGCGAGGACCUUGGGGGCGACAGGGUUUACUUCUUCUUCACGGAGGUGUCUGUGGAGUACGAGUUUGUCUUCAAGCUGAUGAUCCCCCGGAUAGCGAGGGUCUGCAAGGGGGACCAGGGCGGCCUGAGGACCUUACAGAAGAAGUGGACCUCCUUCCUGAAGGCCAGGCUCAUCUGCUCCCGGCCGGACAGCAACCUCGUCUUCAAUGUGCUGCGGGACGUCUUCGUCCUCAGGUCUCCGGACCUGAAGGAGCCCGUGUUCUACGGGGUCUUCACCCCGCAGCUGAACAACGUGGGGCUGUCGGCCGUGUGCGCCUACAACCUGUCCACGGCCGAGGCGGUCUUCUCCCGUGGGAAGUAUAUGCAGAGCGCCACGGUGGAACAGUCCCACACCAAGUGGGUGCGCUACAACGGGGCUGUGCCCACGCCGCGGCCUGGGGCGUGCAUCAACCGGGAAGCACGGGCAGCCAACUUUUCUAGCUCCCUCAACCUGCCAGACAAGACCCUGCAGUUUGUCAAAGACCACCCUCUGAUGGACGAGUCCGUGACCCCCAUAGACAGCAGGCCCCGGCUGAUCAAAGGCGACGUGAACUACACACAGAUUGUGGUGGACAGGACCCGGGCCCUGGAUGGAACCAUCCACGAUGUCAUGUUUGUCAGCACAGACCGGGGUGCCCUGCACAAAGCCAUCAGCCUUGAGAAUGACAUCCACAUCAUUGAGGAGACUCAGCUCUUCCAGGACUUCGAGCCCAUCCAGAGCCUGCUGCUGUCUUCCAAGAAGGGUAGGAAGUUUGUCUAUGCCGGCUCCAACUCGGGCGUGGUGCAGGCCCCUGUGGCCUUCUGCGGGAAGCAUGGCACCUGCGAGGACUGCGUGCUUGCCCGGGACCCCUACUGCGCCUGGAGCCCGGCCAUGGCCGCCUGUGUCACCCUGCACCAGACUGACGGCCCCAACAGGGGGAUGAUUCAGGAAAUGAACGGGGACGCAUCUACUUGCCCUGAUAAAAUUAAAGAAAGUUACCUGCAGCAUUUUUUCAAGCAUGGCGGCACAGCAGAACUCAAAUGUUCCCAAAAGUCCAACCUGGCCCGGGUGGUAUGGAAGUUCCAGAACGGCGUGCUCAAGGCCGAAAGCCCCAAGUACAGCCUGGUAGGCAGAAAGAACCUGCUCAUCUUCAACCUGUCAGAAGGAGACAGCGGGGUGUAUCAGUGCCUGUCGGAGGAGAGGGUCAAGAACAAGACAAUCUUGCAGGUGGUGGCCAAGCAUGUUCUGGAGGUCAAGACAGUCCCACGAACCACAGUGGUCUCUACCUCGCCGGCCACUCGGACAGAAGGCAGUCGGAUCACCCCCAGAGUAUCAGUGGGGCCCACCCCAGUCUCCUUUCCCCAGACCCCAGCUGUGCGGGUCACCACGCCGGGUGCUGUCCCCCCACCGUCCAGCCCCGUGGCACCCACCAGUACAUCCUGCGAACCAAAGAUUGUCAUCAACACGGUCCCGCAAGUCCACUCGGAGAAGACACUGUAUCUCAAAUCCAGUGACAACCGCCUCCUCAUGUUUCUCUUCCUCUUCUUCUUCGCCCUCUUCCUCUGCCUCAUCUCCUACAACUGCUAUAAGGGCUACCUGCCCGGACAGUGCUUGAAAUUCCGCUCGGCCAUGCUCCUCGGGAAGAAGAAGCCCACGUCAGACUUCUCAGACUUUGAGCAGAGUGUGAAGGAGACGCUGGUGGAGCAGGGCAGCUUCUCCCAGCAGAAUGGGGGACAGCCCAAGCCGGCCCUGGACACCGGCUACGAGACGGAGCAGGACACCAUGGCCAGCCGGCUGCCCACGGACCGGGAGGACUCGCAGAAGAUCGAUGAGCUCCCGGGCAGGGACCGGCCGUUCGACGUCAAGUGCGAGCUGAAGUUCGCCGACUCGGACGCGGACGGGGACUGA